AUGGCGAGUAAAUCCUGGUUUCUCUGUCCCGAUUUCACUUUCCUCCCCGAUGGGCAAAUUGCCCUUGGUAGGAUCAUUCCCAAUCCUCGCCAACCAACUAUUACUCUCGCGUCCCUCGCCGAUUGCCCGAUGAUAGACUUACCAGAGAUCAAGUCUAUUGUCGAGAAGAAUCGCAGCUUCUCACACGACAAGGAUCGAUCCUUUGGGACUAAACUAUUCGCUAAAUUCCUUGAGAUUGCCAACGCCAAAAUGGAUAUGUCUCUGUAUAAGAGCGAAAAUCGAUCUUUCGGCGCCGUGGAUCACGAGGUUCGCGCUUUCAAUGGGGCUUUUACCACCGAUGCUUUGAGGGCAAUUGUGGCUCUCGAUAAUGUAAAAAGACAUAUUAAUAGCGGGCGCUUCGGCAAGCGAUACGUGUACAUCAUCUCAGGGCUACGUGUGGCACAACAAAGCUUCACAGUCACAGAUGAGAAGGGGAGUAAAACAGCAGCUUCUGUUGGCGCAUCUGUUCCAAUUCCCGGUGCUGUGCCUGACGCGGUGGGUGCCAAUAUCACCAAUGAGUCAAAGCAUGAGAUAAAGAGAACCUAUGAAACGGCUCCUGGCAUUGUCUUCGCAUAUCGGCUCCAUGUGAUUCGGUCCAAGGAUGCAGGCGAAGAAGGGGAGCUGUUUUCGGAUAGAACAGCCUUCUUCAGCGGCGAAGCUGAGGAUGAAGACGAAGAAAUUGAGAUUGUUGAAGUAAAUAGAUCAGUGCUACAAGAGGACUUGGAUGAAAAGCGAGAUGGCUACAGCGAAAAGCGGUUUGAGGAAGAAGAUGAUGAGUCUUAUAUUAUCUUUGAAUAUUAA